UCAGCCUGUCGACGUGCUGCGCGGGAGCGGAAAGCGCGCAGACAGACUGCGCGGAAAAACCGGUGCUGUUUCCUGUCAUCAUGACGCUUGAGUGGAAACCCGGUGAUCUGAUCUUUGCCAAGAUGAAGGGCUAUCCUCACUGGCCUGCAAGAAUUGAUGAAGUCCCAGAUGGUGCAGUGAAGCCAUCCAACAUCAAAUUCCCCAUCUUCUUUUUUGGCACUCAUGAAACUGCAUUUCUAGGUCCUAAAGAUAUUUUUCCAUACCUUCCAAACAAAGAGAAGUAUGCCAAACCCAACAAGAGGAAAGGCUUCAAUGAAGGACUCUGGGAAAUUGAGAACAAUCCAAAAGUUGAGCUGACUGCACCCAAGCCCGUCUGUCCAGAAAGUUUCGCCGAAAAGGAUUCUGAUAGUGCCGAAAGAGUUGAGGAGGCAGCUGACAAGAACAAAACCACAGUUCCAGGAAGUGAGGCUGAGCAGGAGAAUGAGAUGAUGAUGGAGGAGGAGGAGGAGAAGGAGGAGGAGGGAGUGUCUCUGAUGUCUGAGCAGGGUCCUCAGAACCAGGAUGUCUUGGGUGACAAAGAAUCUUCAGAUAUUCCUAAACCAAAAAGAGGAAGGAAGAAAAAGAGUGACACUGACCAGGUUACAGAAAAAGAUGAUGCUCCCUCUAGUCCCUCUGGUGGAGAGGGUCCAAAACGCAGAGGCAGGAAGCCCAAAACGGAGAAGUUACUUUUGCUGCAACAGCACGACCACCAAGGCUCAGCAAUUGAAAUGGAUUCUGCUGAGCCUGACAGAAAGAGGAAGAGGACAGCAGAGGAUAAGUCCAAGACUGGAGAGGAGGAGAAGAAAAAGAAAAAGGAUGAGGGUGGAAAGGAGGCUGACGUUAAAGAGCCUGAAGCCAAGAAGAAGAAGCAGACCAAAGAUGACGACUCCAGUGUUUCUGAUGAUGAAGAGAAAAAUAAAGGCAGGAAGAAGCAGCAUAAUUCAGAAACAGAGAAAGACAUGCGGCGGCGGAAAGCAGAGGACUUGAGGGAAGCAAAUAAAGAUGAUGUGAAGAAAGUUGAAGAGAAGACAGGAGUAAAGAAAAAAGAAAUGUCAAUUGAUGUGAAACUCCAGAGACUGCACAGUGAAAUCAAGGUUUCACUGAAAAUUGACAACCCUGAUGUGAAGAAAUGUUUGGAGGCUUUGGAUGAAAUUGGCGCUCUUCAGGUCACAACACAGCACCUGCAGAAACACAGUGAACUCAUUGCUACGCUAAAGAAGAUCCGUAGAUUCAAGGCCAGCCAGGACAUCAUGGACAAGGCCACCAUGUUGUACAACAAGUUUAAGAGCAUGUUUCUGGUCGGAGAAGGUGACUCUGUGCUCAGCCAGGUGCUUAACAAAUCUUUAGCAGAACAACGCCAGCACGAGGAAGCCAAGAAAGGAGCACUGAAGAAAAUGGAACAAGCCAGGGAAAGCAACUCUGAAAAACUGCCAAAUGGUGACAUCAACCCUGAAGACAGGCAGGCGACAGAGAAGCUUCUGGAAGACACCUCAGUUGGAGAAAAUCCCAGUCCCCCAAAACCUCAGGAAGAGUCCAGUUGAACUGCCCGCUUGCCUGAAGAAAAAAAAAAACUUGCUGCUGUCCUUGGACGACCGGUCACCAGCUGGGAUCUGCUGUCCGAGACCCUUUCAUGACUGAUAACACACUGACGUUAUUUGUUAAUGUGAAAAAGAUUAAAAUACACCAAACGUUAGUGCUCCAAAGGUGGUCACUGCACAUUUUACUUUAUUUUUAGUUAACUCUUUAAAUGUUGCUACAGUUGUGUUUCUGUGCCGUAACAGUGAAAUUAACGACUUGUACGAUGGCAGCACUGUGAUCUUGAGAUCUCACUGAGCAUGUUUCCACAGACGUUUGUCAUCCUUCUCCAACUGAAGUCAGCAUUUCUGAUAGAUUCAGUUGCUUUCACAGUGAAAGAAUCCUGAAUGUGAUCUGCAGAAAUGAAAGUGUAAUUUCUGCCAAGAUUUCAAUUUACUAUUUCAUUUUUAAAGUUGUAUUUUUUCCACAUAGAUGUAAAUAAGAGUAUUUUUGUGCCUGUCUGACAUCCUGUUUGAUCAUCCUUUAAUAAAAUCGUGCAUAC